AUGAGCAGCACCUGUCUUCUAUCGUAUUUAACUUUCAACAUAUCAUUUCAGAUAUUUUCCUUUUAUCUGUUACUGAAAAUGCUGACCAGUAGAGCGAGUAGAACGACUUCUCCGCGAUUUCGACGCGGUACGUCUUCUAUUGGACUUACAGCGAAACUGCUAUUUUGUCGUUCGUGAUAUUUAAAAAAAUGGAAACUGGAGAAGUCGCCGGAUGGGCCUUUUCCUUUUUGUUGUCCAUCUGUAUGAUUGUUUACUUCUCUAGGUAACCACCAUAUUUUGAUUGCAGGUUAAUUGGGAAUGAUUCACAGGGUUUGUACGCUUAAUGAUCCGAAGGAAAACCCGCGAAGUCUCUCCCCUUCCCCCCGAACUCGGUUAUGAAUUUGGGACCACAAGAUCGGGAAAACGGUUUCGCCCAUUGGAGACACCGGUCCUUAAAGUCAACGGCCUCUCGUCGAGACAGCAUUCUGAGCAGUGUCAAAAAUCCAUAUCAGCGUGUUCAGAAUACUCCCGAAUUUUCGGUAACACAACAGACAUCAACCAGCGAAGAGGUCACUCAGUUGCGUAGUCUUCGCUCGAGAAGUCGUACGGAGGGGAUCAUUGUGCCAGACUCGACGAGUCGUUUGGGUACACCUCCAAGGAGGUGUACUCAUACGACUCGUCGAGUAUGGUACAAUGAUCACUGGACUGAGCCUCUUGUUUCUCCGUUAUGUUGCAUCACUCGAGAUCAAAACCUCUUUGAAAGGCAAGUUUUACUCUUUUUUUACUGGUCGUCUCCAGAACUUGCUUCUAGUUUUAAUUUAUUUAAUUUCAGCCUCAGAGUCUACCUCGAGCGCUUCGUUCGGGUUCAGAAGCAGGCGUAGUCUCGAUUUUCAUCUAAAUUUGUGA